AUGUUAUCAAAAAGAUUUGAUUAUUUUUAUAUAUUUUAUUUAAAGACUACAAAAUUGGUCAUCAAAAUAGAGUAUUAGAUUAAAUUUAUCAAAGCCAACUCUAGAAGGGCAUGAAAAGCUUUAAAGAUCAAUCCAAUAGAACAAAUGCAAUAAUAAAAGUGAUUCUAAAAAGAAAUUUUUUUUAGAGCUCUUUCAUAAUCACAAAAUGCUUCUUAGGAGAUUGUAUAAAAUCUUCUAAGCAGAUUGUUUAAAAGCCCUAAGAGUAAAAUUUGAUAAACUUUUCAACUCAUUCUACAAGUAUUGUAUAUUAAUAAUAUAGCUCCAUCUUUAAUUCAUAUUGAUCAUCCUACUUCUUCUGAAUUAUAUUAAAACACUAUAGAUUUAGACCUUUAUCUAUUUAAUUCGUUUUCAAAAAGACCAAUUUUACUUUAGAAAUGUUGA